AAAAAUCAAACUAAUUGUAAUUGUAUUUAUAUUAAUAAAAAAUAGUUAAAAAUUAUUUUAUUUAAAUAUACACAAAAAAAUGUCUAAUUCCAACAGUUCAGGUAGUUGUCGUGGAUGUGGACAACCGUUUCAACUAUUAUUUCGUCGACCAAUUAAUUGUCAAAUAUGUAGACAAGAUUACUGCCGGGAAUGUCUAUCGUAUAGUAAUACUGGCGAAUCAAUUCAAACCAAUUAUGUUAGAAUAGAAGUUGUUUGCGACAGUUGUUUGACUACCCGUGCAAUACCCGGCCAACAACAGCAACACCAACAAGAAAUCAAUGACCGGGAAAUUGCUAGACUAUUAGCCGAAGAGGAGGGAACUGUAUAUCUUAGGCCAAGUAGUAGUAGUAGUAGUACUACAAGUGGGCAAACAUCUGCUUCCGGCGGCGGCGUCAACACAACUACUAGCCAUACAUCAGUUGGACAGUCGGUUAUUAGCCAACAACAACAUCAACAACAACUAUAUCAACGUCAAUGUGUUAUAUAUAAUCCGGAAAUACUGGGCAUUACUGUAACCACAGAUAAUGCCCGAUUGACUAGUGAUUUUCGCCGACGGGUUAACCAAUGGCCAGUUAAUAGGAUGGAUAGUUCAACGAUUUUAACAGUCAAUUCAAAUGUUGCGAAAUCCAAUCGGAAAGCAUUGGCACUGUUUGUGACUACCAUAAGCCCGGAGGCUAACAGUGCGCUGAUUUUGGCCGCCCUUAGCAAUGGAAUAAUACUAAAACCUUGUGGUCAUACAGUUUGCGAUCAAUGUGUUAGACAAUUAGCUAUAUGUCAUAUUUGUCGACAAACUAUCCGAAAUACUGAAAGAUUUUAUUUAUCUUAA